UUUAGUGAAAAUUCAAUAAAUAUUUUUACCUUAGUUGAGGUUCCAUCAUGGAUGGCAGUGUAAAAUUGGCAAUUGCUAAUGUGGUUAGUUGAUACUCUUGCCGAUAGAGAUCAUUAGGUCUACGACUCUACGUGGUUUCCCCCCUUUCUCAUAGCUAGGGUUUAAAUACAUGGAAUUAGGAUCAAGAUUUGAAUUGGCGUUGAUUGGCAUUGGAAUUGGUAUUUUGUUGCUUCUAGAUGUUUUCUUUUGCGGCUAUGUUUGUAAUCAAAUAAAAAAUCUUUGUGUAAUAAUGGUUUUUCUCCUAUUGUGUCUUUUUGUAUUAUUUUCGUUUUUUGUUACCAAACAUAACAGAUCAGACAAUUCUAUGGAAAGAAACAAAAAUGGAAUAAGACAAAUCAAACGAGAUCAGGAUUGAACAUAGCCGAUCCAUAUCCAAUCCAAUAUCAAUUAUUGAAAACCAUGCUAUGGUGUUGUACACUUUCUUACAUGAAAUCGUGUCCACUAUUGUUUCAGGAAUCCGGAUCGGAUCAAUAGAAUUAAGUUGGUUCAGAUCAAAGGUCUGCUCAAUUAUGGACUUCUAGAGCAUUUGAAUGACCGAUUCACUAGGCUUUUAGAUCUAAAGAGCUGAUUCUAGGUUUUCUGGAAUUAAUUCUAAACAAUUUUCGAAUCAUUUCCCUUUUGGCAUUCGUUUGGUCCCCAGACUCCCCACUCAUGAGAAAUGGGAAGUCCACGGUAGAAACAGUUACUUCCACAACAAGGGACAUGACGACCGUGAUGACGACGUGAUUCACCGCCGUCACCGUCAAUUGGUAACCAUGAUCCCGUCAUGCCUUGGGCAAGAGGUAGGGAAGCGCCUAUGGAGCUGCUGACUGGCGCUCCAGUCAGAUGUCUUGUCAUUGACUUAUGCCCUUAUAUGGGCCAUGAGGCCCAUGACUCAUGAGUGGGUUCUCGGCCCAACCAGCCGGAUCGGGCAAAGUACGUAACCCGCGACUGAAGAGCUUAGAAAAGUUUCUGCUUUCGUCCCUCUCGAGUCUGGAGUCUGGACUCUGGAGUAUAUAAACCUAAUACUCAGGUUAGAAUUAGCAUUUGGGACGGUUGAGCUUGAGCAUUGAGGGAGCGACUGAACUCCACCCCUCAUUGUUCGGCGCUCUAAAACCUAGACCGGUUCCCCUCUCUCCACUCUCCAGUCUCUUCUCCCUACCACAGAAGAAAGCCCCCUAGAAAACCUCCCUUCCUCUGUCUCUCUUUCUCUACUCUCAACGUAUACCUUAGAGGAAUAAAUCUGUUACUCCUUCCUUGACGCACCACCUUAAAUCGUUGAAGGUCGAAAGCCAUUAAGCAAAAGGUCUUCUGCUUUGUGUUUUUCAUUUUCGUUUAGGUUUACUGAUUCAUCCAAAGGGAUGGUAUGUUCAAGGCAAAACCUUCCGUCAUGGAUUGGUGCAGCGGCGUCGAGAGUUGAUUUCGACACUAAUGUUUCUUCCAUGUCGGAAGCGAUGUUUAUAGAGGGAAGAGGAGCUUCUCCUCCUCAACCACACCACUCUAACACCCUUUCCAAUUAUAAUUUGAGUUUCGGAGAACGGGCCGUCUCUGCCUCAGGUGCUGCUGUUCUGUCUGCGAUCCUAGUUAAUCCCCUUGAUGUAGCCAAGACUAGGUUGCAAGCACAGGCUGCUGGAGUUCCUUAUUCACAUACAUGGCACCAUGUUAGUGGCCAUAUGGCAUCUCUUGGACCAAAUGAGUUUUUUUCGGAUCUGAGAUGUUCUCCAAAUUGCACUCGUGGUGCAAUGGUUGGUGCUGAAUCGGUUUGUCCUCCAGAUUGUUUUCAGUACAAAGGAACGUUGGACGUCUUCCACAAAAUAAUACGACAGGAGGGAUUUACAAGACUGUGGAGAGGCACAAAUGCAGGUUUAGCAUUGGCAAUACCAACUGUGGGUAUAUACUUACCUUGCUAUGACCUAUUCCGCAACUGGAUUGAGGAAUUUACGGCCCGGAAUGCUCCAAACUUGACUCCAUAUGUCCCCUUAGUUGCUGGCUCAGCAGCGCGGUCAUUAGCUUGUGUUUCUUGCUAUCCUAUUGAACUGGCGAGAACUCGAAUGCAGGCAUUUAAAGAGAUUACAAUUGAUGCAAAGCCUCCAGGAGUAUGGAAGACUCUGCUUGGGGUCCUCUCCCCUGUUAGGGGGUCAAGUAAUAUGUUCCAAAACUUGCAAAGUUACCGUGCCUUGUGGACUGGAGUUGGAGCACAACUUGCUCGUGAUGUUCCUUUCUCUGCAAUUUGCUGGUCAACAUUAGAGCCAAUUAGGGGAACUCUUCUUGGUCUGGUGGGUGAAGAAGCCAAUGCAGCAAGUGUCCUUGGUGCAAAUUUCGCUGCGGGUUUUGUUGCUGGUAGCUUUGCUGCUGCUGCUACAUGUCCACUAGAUGUUGCAAAAACCCGAAGGCAAAUAGAGAAGGAUCCAAAGAGGGCAUUAAAGAUGACAACCAAGCAAACGCUAACGGAGGUCUGGAGGAAUGGAGGGAUGAAAGGGCUAUUUACAGGUAUUGGUCCACGAGUUGGUCGUGCUGGUCCGUCAGUAGGAAUUGUUGUUUCCUUCUAUGAAGUUGUGAAAUAUUUCCUACACCAGAGAAAUGCAACCUCAUGAUACACAGUUUGACCAAUUGAAGUGAAAUAUUUCCUACACUGGAGAAGUGCAACCUCAUGAUACACAACAGUUGACCAAUUGAAGAUUUAAUCUUUCCCUAUACCUGCCGGUCAAGGCAUAAGUGACAGGGAAUACAAUAAACCACAGCAAGCUUUUACGGGGAUGACUCAGGCUUGAAGAUGAAAACGUUUGCACCAUUGUGAAACCAUGCUUCAAGGAACAACACUGGUGGAGAUCAUUCUCUGAACCAAAUUUUGACACAUUUUUUUAACCCAAUUUUUGACAGUGAAUACAUGGUAUUUUUUGUAAUUAUAGUAAAGUAUUUCUCUCAGCUGAAUAGAAUUUUGUAAUAAUUUGUCAGAUCAAGUUCCCUUUCCGGCUGUGUUGCGUAUGCUUCUGCCUCCUUGUGUCUACUCUCUCCUCCCACAAUAGAGGGCCGAAGCCGAUAUGUCAUUUCUUAGGAAGAGAGAGAUAGACACAGGUAGGUGGUAGCUUACGUUAAGCAGCCUGGCAGUGUCCUUUUCCCAUAA